CACAGGGUGGGCAGCGAUGGGUGAUGCCCCAGGGGGGGCACAGGGCACGGGGCCGAUGCUGUCUCCUGCCAGGGCAGUUUUCGGCUCAGCCCCGGCCCCGGUCCCGGCUCUCCUGACCCGUUUCUCUCCCCCAGGGCCGUUCCCAGGCCAGCCCCUGUUCCCGGGCCUGGCCCCCCCCGGGUACCCCCAGGCUGUGCCCCUGCCACAGCCGCCCCCCUACCCUGACCCUGCGUACCCCGAGCUCUACCGCCUCAGCUUCGUGCCCCUGGGCGCCGCCGGCGUCCCCCCCGUGUCCCCAGCGUACCCCGGCGCGUCCCUGUACCUGCCCCUGGCCCCGCCGCCGCCCCUGGGGGCCCUGGGCUCCCCCGUGGCCUACGUGCCCCUGGGCCAGGUGUACCCAGCAGGAUCCACCGUGCUGCUGGAGGGGGGCUUCGACACCGCUGCCAGGCUGGGCACAGCUGGCACUGCCAGCCUGCCGCCGCCUCCCGCCGGGUGUCCCCCGGGUGUCCCCCCGGUGCCGGUGCCGCCCGGAGCCGCCGUCCUGCUGCCCCCGCGCAAGGGGGGCUUCCUGGGGGGGCCCGGGGGGGGCUUCAGCCUCUGGUGAGGGGGGGCCCGGCUCUGGGGGUCCCCCGGCCGCCAGCGCCCCCCCGAACCUGCCCCGGGCCUGGGGACCCCCCCACGGGUGACACGAGUGGGUGACGGGGGGGGUGUGGCUCAGCUGGGGGGUCCCGGGGGGGCUCACGCACAAACGGGGCAGCCCCUUCCUCAUUUCCGCGCGGCUCUAAUUAAUGAACGGCCUAAUUAGGCCCUGCGGAGGGGUUUCCCCUUGCUGCGCCCUCGUCCCUCUGCUGGGCCCAUCCGGGUCGCCCUUCUUUAGGGGGAAGGUGGAUUUGGGGUGGGAAACGGGCAAAAACCUCCUCCCCGAGGCAAAAUUCCCUCCCCGAGGCAAAAUUCCCUCCCCAGAGCCAAAAUCUCCUCUCCUGAGGCAAAAUCUCCUCCCCAGAGGCAAAAUUCACUUCCCAGAGCCAAAAUC